ACAUGGACGGUAUCCAAACCAUUCUGAAAUUCCUUAUUAACCAGAAAACUGCCAUUGGUUACAGUUUUAUGGCUCUACUGACAGUGGGAAGCGAACGUUUAUUUUCUCUCAUUGCUUUCAAGUGUCCCUGCAGCAAUGAAAACUUCAUCUAUGGUUUGGUAUUUCUCUUUGCCCCAGCCUGGAUGUUGCUAGUUAUUGGGUAUUUCCUGAAUAGCAGGAUGUGGAAACUUUUCACAGGCUGCUGUUUGAAUCCCAGGAAAAUAUUCCCCAAAGGGAACAGCUGCCGUUUCUUUUAUAUCUUUGGACAAAUCACCUUAGAUGUUCUGAUAGCUCCCGUGAUGUGGCUUUCUGUGGCUUUGCUCAAUGGAACUUUUUAUGAAUGUGCCAUGAGUGGCUUGAAAUAUCCAGGGUACUUAAACACGCUCUGCAAUAACAAAUCUGUCAAGUGCUGGGAAGAGCUGAACAAAGUAGCUUGUGGCAAAACCACCAUGUCCUCUUCGGAGAGUGAGGAAUUAAAACUGACGCUUCAAGCUCAGUCUCAGGUUCUAGGGUGGUGCAUCAUAGUCACUACAGCUCUUUUGUCUCUGUUAACCACCUGUUGUGCCAGGUGCCAAUCUAAAAUCAGCCACCUCCAAAUGAAGUUCUGGAGGAUCUACAUAGAGAAGGAGAGAGAACAAUUGGAACAACUUUUCCAGCUAUAUUCUACCAAACUCAGUGAACGAAACCUGACGAGCUUUUUUGAGAACAAAGAACCAGAUGCCUUUCCUAUGCCUACCUUCCAGGCAUGGGAAGACGCUUCUCAACUCUACUCUUUCAACAGCAGUGAGCAGCACUACAGCACCCUUCAUAGACUGGUCGAAGAUGGCAAGAAAGACAUCAGUGAGGAAAGAGAGACAAUGCUGGACUUCGUAGAUGGACAGGAAAUAGUAUAGCUAACGGCCAUGUUCAGUCUUUUUAAAUAUUUUGCUAAUGUGAUUUAAUUUUAACAGUCUUAAUCUUUAUAUUUUGCUGAUAGUGGCCUCUCUUUCUCCAUACUUUCUUUCUCUCCCAACCAGUGGCAGGCAUCUAUGAGUGCAACGCACACAUUGCAUGCCCAACCAACUGUGCGCCAUCCAACUGGCAACCCAAAUCCAACCUGUGAGAUGAUUCCGGUCCGGCCCCAAAAAUGGCAUCCUCUGCACACCGUGACCUUGCACACACCAUAUAUGUGAGGUCAUGCUGCAUAAAGGGUGCCAUUUUGGACUGCCUAUGGCAUGCAAGUGAGUUGUUGCAUCAUGCCAUACUAAAACUGUCAUGGCACAUCAUCGUUCCCAACUAUAUGCCUGCUCAAGAAAGGUGGAAAAAAGUUCUUCUGUGCUUCAGACUCCUAAUCCAAACCUCACUGGAGUCAAUGGGAAUCUUUCAGUUGACUUCAGUGGGCUUUAGAUCAGGCCCCAACAGUAUAAAGAAUUCAGCAUAGAUUCUGAUAAGAUGAUUUGUUCAAUGUCAACAAAUGGAAUAGUUCUUUGUGUACAACAUAUAGCAUCUCAUAUCAUUUAAAUGAAGAAAAUAUCAAAAGUGGCUAUUUAAUUUAAAUAAUGCAUCAUUAUUUUUUUCCCAUUGAAAGUCUGGGAAUCCUUCCUUUGUAAUGGUAGAAAGCUCCCAUUUCUGCUUCUGGAGGGUUCUGCAAUGUUGGACUUAAAUAUGUCAUUGGUGCAGGAAUGUAGAAUCUUGUCUGUUGUUGGCCUUGGUCCAGUGGAAAACUGAAGGGGUCAGAGGAAAUUCCACAUAUAUAGAGAACAAAAUAUUUUUGUGGCAGGCUCAUUUUAUUGAGUGUCUGCAGCUGCUAAAAUUUUGGAAAGUUAAAAUAAAUCUGGGGUGAGAUAAAUUAACAGUCAGAGUACAGGUGAGGUGACUGUGGUAUCAAGGUUCUAAUAAGUGCAUUAAUCACAUAGCUCUGUGAUUUCUCAUAAGGAUUUUGAAUUCAGAACAUGGGUCCCAACCACAUUUUCCCUUCUCCAGAGCUUUUAGAAAUAUUGUAAAAACUGAAUGCAAAGCAGCCAUCAAGCUCUUUUCCCUUGGGUGACUGGCAGGCUUUUAUGUAGCAUGUUACCAUCAAUCUCCCCGAUCAUGAAAGAGAUCAUAUUUUUGCAUAGAUGAACUGUUUUUAUAUCAGGUUUCAGAGUGGUAGCCGUGUUUGUCUGUAUA